GGCUGCAGAUUGAUCUUGGUGAAAGAACUGAGAUUACUGCUGUUGCUACUCAAGGUGGUUAUGGGAGCUCAGACUGGGUAACAAGCUACCUUCUGAUGUUCAGUGACAGUGGACGAAAUUGGAAGCAAUAUCGUCAAGAGGAAAGCAUUUGGGCCUUUUCUGGAAACACAAAUGCAGACAGUGUCGUGUACUAUAAGCUUCAGCAUUCUAUUAAAGCAAGAUUUCUCCGUUUCAUACCUUUGGACUGGAAUCCAAAUGGCAGGAUUGGAAUGCGCAUUGAAGUGUAUGGAUGCACAUAUAGGUCUGAGGUGGUUGGCUUUGAUGGGAAAAGUUGUCUAAUUUACACAUUUAAUAAAAAACUCAUUAAUGCACUGAAAGAUGUGAUUUCUCUGAAGUUUAAGACAAUGCAAAGUGAUGGAAUUCUCCUCCACAGAGAAGGACAAAAUGGAGACCACAUCACCAUGGAAUUAACUAAAGGGAAGCUGUCCCUACUGAUUAAUUUAGGUGAUACUAAAACUCAUCCUUCUAAUGCCCAAGUUAAUAUUACGCUGGGCAGCCUUUUGGAUGAUCAACACUGGCAUUCUGUUCUCAUUGAGCAUUUUAACAAUCAAGUAAACUUUACAGUGGAUAAACACACUCAUCAUUUUCAUGCAAAAGGAGAAUUCAGUUAUUUGGACCUUGAUUAUGAGCUCAGCUUUGGAGGGAUCCCAGUGCCUGGAAAAUCAGGGAUAUUAUCACGCAGGAACUUUCAUGGGUGUUUUGAAAAUAUUUAUUAUAAUGGAGUGAACAUUAUUGACCUGGCCAGGAGGCAUAAAUCUCAGAUCUACAUUGUGGGCAAUAUGUCCUUCUCGUGUUUAGAGCCACAGGUGGUUCCUGUUACAUUUCUGAGCUCCAGCAGUUUUCUGGCACUGCCAGGCACAUCAGGGCAAGACGAAGUAUUUGUCAGUUUUCAGUUUCGCACCUGGAACAAGGAAGGACUUCUAUUAUCCAGUAAACUGCACCACUCUUCAGGUGGAUUCCUCUUAUAUUUGAGUGAUGGCAGAGUGAAAAUCAAUCUUCAUAAAACAGGAAGAGUAAUGAGUGACAUCGCUGCAGGUGCUGGAUUAAAUAAUGGCCAGUGGCAUUCUGUAUCUCUCUCUAUCAAAAGGAAUCGUAUCAGUUUAAGAGUGGACAAUGAUGUGACUUCAUCUGCUCAUGCCUUCAUACCUCUGCAGAUUUAUUCAGAUGUGUUCUACUUUGGAGGCUGUCCUAGCAAUGGAAACACUUCUGAAUGUAAUACCUCAUCUGGUGGUUUUCAAGGAUGCAUGCGACUUAUUUCCAUUGGUAACAAAGCAGUGGAUAUGAUCUCUAUUCAGCAAAACGGUUUUGGCAAUUUCAGUGAUCUUCAGAUAGAUUUAUGUGGCAUUACAGACAGGUGUUUGCCUAAUUACUGUGAACAUGGUGGUGAGUGCUCACAGUCCUGGAACAGUUUCCACUGCAACUGUGCCAAUACUGGUUACAGGGGAGCUACUUGUCACUAUCCCAUCUAUGAGCAAUCAUGUGAAGCCUAUAAGCACAGAGGGAACACUUCAGGCUUUUACAAUAUUGAUUCAGAUGGAAGUGGCCCCUUGGGACCAUUUCUUGUAUACUGCAAUAUGACAGAUGCUACGUGGACAAUUAUACAGCAUAACAGCACCAACCUAACCAGAGUUAAAAGUGCUAAUCGAGAGAACCCACACACUGUGUUUUUCAAGUAUUCUGCCAGCCUAGACCAGCUUCAGGCUACAAUAAACCUUGCAGAUCACUGUGAACAAGAGCUUGCUUACUACUGCAAAAAAUCAAGGCUUUUAGAUAAGUCAGAUGGGAUGCCACUGAGCUGGUGGAUUGGAAGAACCAAUGAAACUCAUACUUACUGGGGAGGUUCCUUGCCUGCUGUACAAAAAUGUGCUUGUGGACUGGAGGGAAGCUGCAUUGAUUCCCAGCAUUACUGCAACUGUGAUGCAGACAGGGAUGAAUGGACUAAUGAUACUGGCUUCCUCUCCUACAAGGACCAUCUACCAGUAACUGAAAUUGUGAUCACAGAUACUGACAGACCAAACUCAGAAGCUGCUUACAAACUGGGGCCUUUGCUUUGCCGUGGUGAUAGAACAUUUUGGAAUUCAGCUUCCUUCAACACAGAGACAUCCUACCUGCAUUUCCCCACCUUCCAUGGAGAACUUAGUGCAGAUGUCUCAUUUUUCUUUAAAACUACUGCUUCCUCAGGAGUGUUUUUAGAGAACCUUGGAAUUCAAGAUUUCAUAAGGAUAGAGUUGCAGUCUCCAUCUGAAGUGGUUUUUUCCUUUGACGUGGGAAAUGGACCUAGCGAAGUCAUAGUGCAAUCACGCCAUUCCUUAAAUGACAACCAAUGGCAUUAUGUGAAGGCUGAACGAAAUGUCAAAGAAGCUUCCUUACAAAUAGAUCAGCUUCCUCAAAGAUCUCACAGUGCUCCACCUGAUGGACAUAUUCGCUUGCAGCUCAACAGCCAGCUUUUUGUAGGUGGAACAGCAUCCAGGCAGAAGGGAUUUUUGGGAUGCAUUCGUUCAUUACGGUUGAAUGGAAUGGCCCUUGAUCUGGAAGAGAGAGCAAAGAUAACACCAGGAGUUGAACCAGGCUGUCCUGGACAUUGUAGCAGCUAUGGUAACCUGUGUCACAAUGGUGGAAAAUGCAGAGAGAAAUACAGUGGAUUUUCUUGUGACUGCAGUUUCUCAGCCUAUGCUGGUCCAUUCUGCAAGAAAGAGAUCUCUGCCUACUUUUGGACUGGCACUUCCGUGACAUAUAACUUUCAAGAAUACUACACAUUAGCUAAAAAUUCCAGUUCUCAUGCUUCUUCUUUCUAUGCGGACAUGACAUUGACCCGGGAAGAAAUUACAUUUGCCUUUCGAACAACUCGGACACCAAGCUUACUGCUCUAUGUCAGCUCCUUCUACAAGGAAUACCUCUCGGUCAUUCUCACCAGGAACGGGAGUUUACAGGUUAGGUACAAGUUAGACAGCCAUCAAGAUCCUGAUGUCUUCAGCAUCACUUUCAAAAGCAUGGCUGAUGGACAACUACAACAUGUGAAGAUUAACAGAGAGGAGGAAAAGCUCUUUGUAGAGGUUAACCAGAAGGAAAGAAUGAAGUUUAUUCUGUCUUCAGGCACAGAAUUCAAUGCAAUCAAGUCUCUCACACUUGGCAAGAUUUUAGAAAACAGCGAUGUAGAUGAGGAGACUAUGAAGGCAAACUCUCAGGGGUUUGUUGGCUGUCUAUCUUCAGUGCAGUUCAACCACAUUGCUCCUUUGAAGGCUGCACUGCACCACAGCAGCUCAGCCCCUGUCAUUGUAAAAGGGCGUUUCACUGAAUCCAACUGUGGUACUUUAACUGGAGCUGACUCAACAUCAAGUGAAACAACCCAUUCAUUUGCAGGUGUGAUAGCAGUUGUCAUAUUCAUCCUACUUUGCAUCACGGCCAUAGCCAUACGCAUUUACAAAAAAAGCAUAUACUCAAAAAAUGAGACAAAAGGAUCUGAAAAUGAAGACAGUGCUGAAUCUGCAUUGAAAAGUGAGCUCAGCAUGCAAAACACAGCCAAUGAAAAUCAAAAGGAAUACUUCUUCUGAUUGUCAGUAAUGAUUUAAUCUAAUAUAAUAAGGUGACAGUCUGAUUUUCUUGCUAAGCCAGGGGGCUCUCAUUGGACAGAAAAAGUUCUCGCACACUACUCUAAAUGCAAUGGAUUUGAGAUUUACUAUACUCGAUAUGUUCAGUCUCAGUGAUUGCUGUAGCAGGCCUCUUUAAAUUACAUGCAUUCCUUAGCUAUUAUACCGUAAAUGCAUUUUAUGUAACAGUGAAUUAGAUAUUGUAACCAAUUUCAUUGUUGGUAGUUUCCGACUGUUCUAGUGUGACCUUCUACAAAUGAAGUUUAAUGUACACACUGAAUAUGAUUUCUGAAUGGGAAAAUUGUUAAGAAUUUAUUCCUAUCCUUUUCUUUAAAAUUUGAUCGAUGAUUUUUGUUCAAGGUGAAAGGUAGAUUCUUAUACUUUGUGUUACUAAAGAAAUUCUGCUGUGCUGCAUUAUGGUGAUCCAUCUUACUUCCUCAAACUGAAAAUGCCUUUUGAGCUGCUGUUGGCUGGUGUCAGCAUCUGCUUGUGAGCCAUGGCAUUUGAUGACCAGAACAAACUGUAUUUAUUUCCCCUGGGAUGUGACUGAUAUCUUCAUUAUCCCUUCCGUUUGGUGGGCUUAGCAGAACUGAAGAGUUAACAGUGGGUUGAAAUACUUUAAAAUCUCUUUUGCAGCAGAUUUUCACUUAUGGUCAGGUGAUGGUACCUAGAGACUCAUGCACAUUCUGGGUAUUUUAAAUAAAAUAGGGGGGGAAAACUCAAGACCUUUGCUUGGAAAGUAAAAUGCUAACAAUAGUUAACUUAUCAAGAGUGAAAACACCAAAAGAUGAUCAAGGUUACUGUCCCUGGAAAUUAGUGAUGAUGCUUCUAUCAAGAAGUAAUGCUCAGUGCACUAUCUGGGAUGUAUUCUCUGGAACUGUUGUAUCUGUGAUUUGCUCCAGACCUCAAGACUAAUUUUUUCUAAGUUAUAGAAAUUAUACAGAGUCUGCUACAUGAACACUUUUGAUCUGCACUCUUAAUAGUACCUACUAUACCUCUGUGAGAUAAAGUCCGAUUACACCACUCAAAAUUAAACUUUUGUCAGGUGCUUACUAUGCUGACAGAGUAAAUGAAAGCUAUCUAUGUUGUAUGAACAAAUUGUUAGAUAUGAAGGCUAGGUUUAUGUUGUCUUAAAAAAAGAUUGUAAUAUUACUUCAGACACCAUAGGGUAUAUGAAAUGCCUGUGUGGCUCGAUGUAAAUAUCAUAGAUUCCACAGAAGGUGUGUGUCUUUUGAGAAGUGACAAACAGGAAUUGGGUAGAAGGCAUCAUAAAUGGCAUUAGACGACAAUAUUUAGGUAACUGACCCACACAAAACAUUUUUCUGUUUCUGUCCCCAGUGAAAUCACUUGGUGUCUAGGGCUUGGAUCUGAGAAUUUCUGUGACCUUGUACACUUGAGUUUGAAAUUUAAAUAUCUUCCAGAAUUGAUUUAUAUCUACUCCUAUUGAAAGCAAUGAGAACAGUCAUUGUUUUUCUAUUUGAAGAAUCACAGCUAGACCCUAGAUUGUGAAGUUUGGAAGAUGUUUAUCAUAGGUGCCCAACAACAUUUUAAAGACAUGGAAAACUGACAUGUUAUGCCUAAACCUUUAAUAUGUCAAUUUCUUUACAUAAAUAGCAAUUGUAAAUAUAAAUGUCCAGCGGAUAUUUUCAUUUAAAACUUACUUUCUUCCAUUAGUCUUCACUUUCUACCAAAAAUUCUACCAUUCCUUUCUACUCCCUUCUAUACAGAUUUACUUAAUUUUUAGCAAAAAUUUAUGUCCUUUUUUUGGGUGCCUGGAUGCUCUGCAAUCAUAAAUUACUCAGAUUAACAUGUAGUGAUUUCUUGUUUUCAGUUCUGCAAUUCUGCUUGCAUCUCUGAGAGAUUAAUCAGGCUGAGGACCCAGGAUCAAAACUGUAUCCAUGUUGUGGUUUUGGUACAGCUUUCUCCAUGAUAAGAGGUCACCUUUAGAAAGGCUAGAGUACUGGACUAUUCCAAAGAAGUGAUGAAAAUAUCCUGUUAGUGGAUGAGGAGUGGUGGAGGUGAAACCCUCACAUGAGUCAUGACAAGAAUACUUUGAGUUAUUAGGUUUACUGAUUGGAACCUUCUCAUCCACCUACUUUGAAGUGAAAAAUUAUGAUUCCUUUUUGAGGCUGUGACCUAAAUUGCAUUAAAUUCAAGGUGAGCCCUCUCAUGGACUUCACUGCAACCAAAGCCUCUGCAUUUCAGGAAGUUUUCCCCUUCUUCUGUAGAAAUGUAGGUAUCCACCUCUUAGUGACACUUAUAUCAACAGAUUCAUCUCCAGGGGUGUGUCCCAGUCAACUCCAUUUUUAAUCGUUGUGGGAUGUGGUAACAAUGUGGGACAAAACCUACAAGACAAUGAUGAUUAUAGUACACCAAAGCAGAUAUUUUGAUUAAAUUAUAAAAGGCAGAUUGUCUUUUAUCUUGACUCUCAUAUGAAAAUUGCUCAUAUAAACCUAAUAAAGCCUAAAGUUUACCCACAACAGGACAGGUUGGAAGAAUGUAAACCUAACUCUUCAAUUACUUGCUCUUAGUUUUAUUGCCUUGUAAAGUUUUAUUGUGCGUCUUCAUGGAGAGAAAGUUCUCAUUCCUUGCUAUUUUUUGUUCCAAAUGAAUAUUUUCUUUCUCUAUUCCUCAGAAUUUUUAAAAGGAAACAGGAAGGGAAAAGCUUAGUGAAAUCCCUAUUUCAGAGACUAGCUAAAAAGGUGGAGGAGGAUAAAAAUGCCUGUAUGCAUGCCACAUUAUUUCAUUCAAAGGCUUCUUAUAAGGCAUUUUAUUUUGUGAGGGAUUCUAAGAGGGAAAAGAUAAUGGAUUUUGUUGAAUGAACAUCUGUAGAUUUGUAGAAUAAAUCAAUUAUGUCUCCCUGAAGAUGCAAAUGCCCAUUGUCAUCUGUAGGAACAGUGGUCAUAUGUUUGUCACCUUAAUCUAAAAUACACAUGUUUGAAAUCAAUGAAGCAGCAUUUCUCAUUACUUGCUGCAUUUAUAUGGGGAUAAAAAAAUGGUGGCACCGAAGUGCGCUAAAACGUCAUACAACAUUGUGCUGUCCCUUUUUGAUUCUCUAUUCCAUUGUGUGACUUUUCACCUCACUGUUAAUAAAGACUUUUUAAAAUAAAGUGAGGAAAAUAUUUUUUAAAAGAAUUUGUAUUAAAAAGUUUAAAACUGACAACAAUAUACUGAUUUUUUUUUUUUUCAACAGUAAAUAUAUGUAGAAGUGCACAUAA